GAUUUUACAACUUUUAAGUGUUAGUUUUCACGGUAAUUCUAUGUUCCCUUACCAAAGGAAGACUUAGUUUUUGAAGUAUAUUUUCUUGUUUAAAUUCGUUGUCUUGCCGCAAAGUUUCAGUUUUGGCCUCUAGAAAUGGUUGGUUACUUCUUUUCAUCCUGUUUGUAUGCAUAUGCCAGUGACCUUAUUCAAUGCGGUUCUCAGACCUACACUCAAUGUUGUAAAGACAUCAACAAUUAACCUCCGUCCAGUGGUUGUUUCCUGCAAAUGUCACUUCCAUGUGUCUACUGUCCGAAAAGAUAUUGAUCAAGCAGCCAAAUACAUUGGUGCUGGCGCAGCUACUGUUGGAUGCGCUGGAUCAGGUGCUGGCAUUGGCGCUGUAUUUGGAAACUUGGCUUUGGCAUACGCAAGAAAUCCUGGCCUAAAACAACAACUUUUCACCUAUGCUAUUCUCGGUUUCGCUCUGAGUGAAGCAAUGGGCUUAUUUUGCCUUGUGAUGGCAUUUCUCAUAUUAUUUGCUUUCUGAGGAUACUUUUAUCUAGGUUUGUUUUCGAUCACAAUUAAAUUUCUGAUCCAUAUAUGGACGUGAGUCAAUUGUACAAAUAAUAGACACUUCUAAUACUAGCAUAAUAAAUUGUUGUAGCCUUGUUC